AUGCAUUUCUCACAAAGUGUCGCACGCGUCGCACAGCUCCAUCAACAGGCGGGAUCCGAGGUCGCGCAGCGUGCAAAAUCAGCAGACGCGCAGCUAGCCACGUCGGCAGAUCCGAUCGCCGAGCAAGCUGGCGGCGAAUCGGCAGUGGAAGAGGUCGGCGCGACGACCGUGUUUCACGGCGAUAAUGACGGCGAUAAUCGCGGCGAGAUCCAUCGUAAUAGCCACAGCGACAGUCUCGGCGAGCAACGCGCCGAUUCCAACCCUUCGUCGGCGUCGCUGGAGGCGGGCGAAGCGGCUGUGGACGUUGGACGAGAGACUGAAGGAGAGAUGGCACAUCCGACGGUGGAUUCAGGCCAUCCAACGGUGCAGAUGGAUCGUUUGGCGAUGGACAUUGGCCAUCCGUCGCAGCGAUCGCUGGACGAGAGGCUGAAGGAGGGCGACGUGGAGGCUCUAGAGGUGAGGCUUAAUGUGUUUCUCAAGCGUCCAAUGAACACCCUUUUCCAGCGAUUCCCCCUCCUCCAAUCCCUUUCCUCGCUCUCUUCCCCUCCUCCCCGUUUCCCCACUCCCCGUCCUCCCCCGUUUUUCCGCGCGCAGAUUCCGAUGGAGUCGUGGCGCGCGUUCGAGGAGGCGUGGCAGGGGGUGAUAGCGGCGGGCGGCGAGGAGAAGCUGUCGCCGCCCAAGGAGAUCGUGUGGCUCAACGGCGCGCCUGGCGCGGGGAAGGGCGCUAACACGCCCUUCAUCCUGCGCACGCGCGGAUUCGAAGCGCGCGCCAUACAAGUGAGCGACCUGUUGGGCGGCAAUGAGGACGUGGCGGCCAUCAUGAGGAGCGGAGGGCUCGUCUCCGACUCCAUGGUGCUGCAGAUCGUGCUGCAGCGCAUCCUCACGCUCGGCAACACGCCAGCCAUGCUACAGGACGCGGAUCACGGGGAGGUGGUGGCGAAUCCCGAGGCGGGCGGCAAAGUGGCCGGCGCUGUGGUGGAUGGGUUUCCACGCACGACCGUGCAGGUGGACUUCAUCAAGAUGCUCUAUGACAGGCUAAUGGAGCUACAUCACAAGUACCUCAACACGCCCCUGGAAGCACAGUUCCCCCGACCCAUCUUCCGUAUCGCCGUGCUGUACGUGGAGGAGGAGGAGAGUGUGCGGCGGCAGUUGGCACGGGGCAGGGCGGCCAUUCAGCACAACCAGCGGGUGGUGGACAGCGGGAUAGGGGAGCUGCAGGAAGUGCGGGCAACGGACCUGUGUGAGAAGUCGGCGCGGCGCCGUUACCACAUAUUCCGCCAGCACUACGACACGCUGCUGCGCCUUAAGGCCUUCUUCCCCUUCCACCUCAUCGACGGCAUGGGCACGCUUGCGGAGUGCAGAGAGCAGAUAGAGAAGGAGCUGCAGUAUCAGAGCGCGUUGGAGCUCAACCUAACCACGUUCCGAGCCAUCAGCCACAUUCCCCUCGCCUCUGACAUAGCCAAGUACGCACGUCAGAACAUGGUCACUCGCCUCGACAGCUACCAACAGAAGGACCCUGCCACGUUCAAAGAGGUAAUUGCAGUGAUCGACUCGCAGGUCAUCCCCAUCAUCCGCCGCUCUGCCCUCUCAGGCUUUGCCAUCUUCAACACCGAGCUCCCUGUGUUCUUUGACCGACCAGGUAUGCAUUCCCUUCCGAGGUGCCUCAAGAUUAAGUUUCCUUAG